CUAUUCAAGAUGCUGCGUGUAUUCCUAUUCCUGGUUUUGGUCACUGUUGCUACAUGUACCAAGGCGAAAGAAAGUGUACACCUACAAUGGUCACUCUGUGACCCCCACCCGAAAAUCGUGCUUGAAAAGCUAGGGCACAAAGGCUCCAAACCAUAUAAAGAGAAUCCGGUCACUUACUAUGACACGGAGAUGCCCAGGUACACUGAGAAUGGGGUCAUGUUUCGCACGAAGAUGAGCAAACGUACGAUGAUCAGCAAACGACAGAAGAUCUCCUCAGUCAAGGUUCGAUUCGACGAAGACGAAACCGCCAUCCGAGACAAGGCUCACUGUGUUUGGGAUCAAUACGGCAAUUCGACCUUCUACACCUGUGAACGCAGAUCACCUCUGCAUCGAAAGUCACUCUGGAGCGACGACCAGGUCGCUUUCGUUGAGCAGUUCCAGCGGGUUGCUUGGGCGGACCUUGUGCCCUUCGGUCCGUACCAAAAUCCGAAAUGGAAGCUCAGAAUCAAAGGAUUCAAAGCGGUAUUCGACGAUGUGAAAGCACUGCCGCACCAUCUGAUGGAGAUUGAAAUGAAAGUUCCUAGAAAGGAAGGGAAAGAUGCAUACCGGAUGAUCACUGAGCAUUUACAACGGCACGAUGUAAUGCUAUGUGAUAAGCAAGAAGCUAGGACCUUGAGGCUGUUCCGUGCAAUGGGGUUGCUUGUUGGGGCCGACCAGACGCCACUGGACGAGUCAAGCCAUAGCAGUCUUCCAGGCUAA